AUGCACUCCGUGCCCUCAUCGGUAUGGCACGGCAUCCCCGCGCCCCGGUCAGAGCACAGCGACGACGGCACGUCCCGCUCCGGAUCGGUCUGGGCGGGGAACGCGUACCUGGAUUCGUCCGUGCACGGAACCACCGCGGGCCCCCGCAGGUCCGACUCGUGGCGCGCGCGCGUGGCCGCCGGCGGCGGCGACGGCGUCGACAUCGAGGCCAUCGCGGGUAUCGCGGCGGUUGAUAUCGCGCUCGCCAGGGGCGAGGUCGCGCGCAUCGUCGCGCGCCAGCCCGCGCGGCGCGUCGGUCGCUCCAACACCAACACCACCGCCACCGCCGACCACGACGAAGGCGAUCGUGGCGGCUUCGGCCAAGACGAAAGAGCGGCGAGCGUCACCGCCAAGAACCCCUACAGGGACGCCAUCGUGAACGCGCUGGGCCACCUCGCUAAGGACGCGGGCGGCAUCGCGUGGAUCGAGGUGUGGGCGCGCGACGACGAGGACUCCGACGAGCUCCACCUGCAAACCUCGUGGCUCAACCGCGGCGGUCGGAUGGUCGCGCCGCCCGCGCUGGCGAGGGCGCUCAAAACCCCGGCGCAGCCGUGCGCCCCGGGCGUCCGCCUUCCCGGCACGCUCUUCGCCCUGGGCACCGGUUCACCCGCCACGCUCGGGUCGCCGGUGCACUGGCGCCCGCUCGCGGAGCUCGCGGCUAACCCCGACGUGCAACACGACGAUUUCGUGCGAAGGCUCGAGGAGGCGCUCCCCGGCGCGAGCGCGUGCGGCGUCGUCACGCGCGACGCGAGCGUGAUGCUGCUGAUGGUGACGAUGCCACCGGAACGAUGGGACGUCCGCGCGCCGCCGCCGCCGUGCGAGGGGACGGCGACGGCGGCGCCGAUGCUUCGCGCGGGGGCGGAGGCGGUGGCUGGGAUGUUAUGGAUGGGUCGCGCGAGGCUGGCGCACGUGGCGGGUAGGCGCGCGAGGGCGGCGCGCGCGUGGAGCGCCCUCCGCGCGCUCGCGAGGACCCGCGCGCUGCGAAACAUGGUCGUGACGGCGCAGUACACGUUCGCGGCGGGGCUGCUCGAGCCCGAACGCGCCGAAAGCUCAAAGGCGACUGACGAUUCGCGGGGGCGAGGGGGCGACUUCGGCGCGCAAAAAAUAUCGCCAAAUUCGCCAAAUUCGCCAGCCGUGACCUCCGCGAUGAGAUCUUACGUGCUCAAGGUGUGGAACAAGUGCAAGGGCGCGGGGGGCGUGCCGAUGCCGAGGGACAACUGGGAGAAGACGGCGUACACCUUCGCGUACGUCUUCGUCACCCUCGUCGCGUUCAGCGCGAUGGACGAGUACGCGGUGCGACGAGGCACCGACGGCGCUCACACGAUCCUGCUCGGGUCCAUGGGCGCGCUGUGCACGCUGAUGUACAGCGCCCCGGCGUCGCCGCUGACGCAGCCGAGGAACGUGCUGUUCGGGCACGUCGCCGCCGCGGUCGUCGGCGCGGCGGUCAACGCGAUCACCGCGGACGACGGAGGUUUGGGCAGCGGCGGCGCGGGCGCGACGAGGGGGAUGCCCCGAUGGGUGGCAAAGGCGGUUGCGCCCGCGGUGGCGAUCGCCGCGCUGGGGCGGAUGGGGAUCACGCACCCGCCCGCCGGGGCGGUGAGCAUCAUCGCGGUGAGCGACAGGACGAUGAUCGAGCUCGGGUUCCGUGCGGUGUACCUGCCGGUGUUUGCCAUGGCGGCGCUGUCAAUCGCGUUCGCGGCGGUGCUCAACAACUCAAACUCGAAGCGGCAGUAUCCUAUGGUUUGGUAG